CAUACAAGGGGUUUGUUUCGCUUGUUUUUCUUACAACCAACCAUUAUUUUCCAAAACUUUUAGCACGUUGCUGUAUAAAAUAAUACGUCUUCAACAUCAGUCUGCAAAGGAUAGACUCGGAAGAACGAAGUGAGGGCAUGGCAGCUCGUGUGGAAAUGGCAUCUGGUGAGGUGGGCCAAGCAGGAGGGGCUGGCGUCAAGCCUGCGCCCGGCCCCAAACCUCGCCUGACUCCCAAACCCUUCUCACUGCAGAGGAACACCACCUUACGCUCCAUCCUAGCCCCAAAGACACUCACAACGACUCCACAGCCAUCUCAGACCACACCCACUACACCCACGACCUCCAGCAAACCAGGGCCUAAUCAGCCUAUCAGUGCCCCUGUGUCUGACUCAAGCAGCGCUGUGAAACUCGAUGCAGAGAGCACCAUGAUACCUGAACCGACUAAUGCUCUCAAAGCUCCUUCAGCCAUAACACCCCACACUGACUCAACCCACACCACUAAACAAAACCAAGCUGCUCUUUCCACAUCCAGCUCCCUUACUGCCCCAACAUCUGAGCCACCGGCUAGUACCAUAUCUGACCCAACUGGAACCUCAGAGGCAAAUCAAGUCAGUGAAUCUGAACUGAAUGAACAUGGAGACUCUGAUACAGGCCACUCCGCUACUGGAACUGAGGCUGUACCAUCACCAUCGGUUACCUCAGCUCCCCUUCAACCCCAGUCUGAAGACACUGUGAGCGAGCCCACCUCUGCGGUCGUCAGGCACCAAGCUGGGGAGGAUCAGGCAGCCCACUGGGGAGGAGGCAGGAAGAGGCUGUCCAUGGAGCUCACCUCCAGGGUUGAGUUGGCCGGCCGCUCGCUCCCCUCACAGCCACCAGCCAAAGACAACAAACAGAACCAGGAACAGGCGACCAAGAGAGAGACUGCAGUCCUCAAAGUGUCUGUCCUCAGAACCAAGGAGGAAGAGAAGAUACCAGAUUCACCAGGGACACCGUUUGACCCGGAGUGCAGACUCAAGCACUCAGCAACGCUGAAGGAAGAGAGGGAUGGAGAAGGGGUAAAGGAGGAAGGAGAAGAGAAAGUGAGCUGCAUACAACGGAGGAUCAGUUUGCUGCUGGACUACUCCUCGAGGCCAGAGGCUCUGACCAAGAGGGAGGAAGUACCUGGUCCAAUUAAACAAGCAGACGGUUCUGGGGGUGUGAAACAGCGAAUUAAAGACUGGGCAUUAGACACACCUCCUGUUCAGGCAUCCAAUCAGAGGGUGGAUGUUGCCCCUCAACCAAUCCCUUAUCAGAGUUUACCCUGCAUUGGGUGUUACUGGGGGGUCGUUGGCGACGAGCGAAAGCGUUCAGCUAGCUCCCCAAGAGGACAAGGCUUAUACCCUAUGUCGCUCAGGACAUUCUGGGAUAAAGGUUAAUAGGGAGGAGAUAGAGGAUGAGGAAGAGGAGGGAGAAGAGGAGGAGGGAGAGGAGAAGAGGGCCCAGGUGGCACUCUACAAACCAGUAGGGAGACUUCUUCGGAUGAAAGAUGGAGGGAAGAAACAGGAGCUAGUGAUUGAUCAAAUAGAGAAAGAUAUGGAGACCAAGGUGCAAGAGGAGGAAAAAGUGAAACAGCUGGAGCUAGAAGAGAGACAGGCAGUGAAGGAGAGGGAGAAAGAAAAGGAAAGGGAGAGACAGAGAGAGGAAAAAGAGAG